GCCAUCGCAAUCGCAUGCAGGGGGCACGUGAUGAAGCUGUUCUUGUCGGGAAAGAGAGAGAUGCCCUGCUCGUCUGAAGUCUUCACGCGGAUGAGCCGGACGAACACAAAAUCCGCACUCACAGACAGGUUUCCCUUCACCACGAACCCCAGCUCUGAGGCGCGGCCAAACGCGUACCACAUCAGCGCCAGUAACGCGGCAUCUUGGUAG